AAAGAAUCCUAUUUCCCGGGACCUCAACCUCAACCUCAACCUACAAGCCCCAAUUCUAUCUCUCUCACCAGAAAGCAAGAUGGGUCAACAAGCCUCCGCCCCGCGGCCCGGCACCGGGCUCCAGGUGAUUGGAGCGGGCCUCUCCCGCACCGGGACCGCCUCAUUCAGCGCCGCCCUGGAGAUGCUCCUCGACGGCGGGCCCGUGUACCACGGCGGCACGCAGACGACCAUGGGCCCGCCCACCGAGAUUACCGCGUGGAACACGAUCCUGCGCAGCUGGCUGGCCGGCGAGCCCAACCAACACAAAACGCUAGAGCUCCUGCGCGCGCGCACCGCCGGCUACGCGGCCAUCACCGACGCGCCCGCCAGCCAGUUCGUCCCGGAGCUACUCGCACUCUACCCAGACGCGAAAGUGAUCGUGACGGUGCGCGACCGCGACGGCUGGGUGCGCAGCAUGCAGCAGAUCAGCUCGCUGGCGCAGCUGUGGUUUCUGCGCGCCGUGCUGCUGCCGCUGCCGGGGAUGCGGCACUUCGUGACCUACAUCGCACUGCUGCAACGGCAGUGGGAUCGAAUCUACGAGGGGCACCGGGACAACGUUUGGAUCUAUGAUCGUCAUCUCGAGUGGUUGAAGGAGGUCGUGCCCGCGGAUCGGCUGGUGUUUUUCGAUGUCAGGGACGGCUGGGAGCCGCUGUGUCGGGCGCUGGGAAAGGAGGUGCCCCAGGGGAUUCCUUUCCCCCGCAUCAAUGAUUCCAAGGCUAUCGAUCGCGUUGCGGAGUAUCAUAUCAAGCGCGGGUUGUUGCGUUGGGCUGUUGCGGUUGCGGUGGUCGGGUUGGUGGGGGGCUGGUGGUGGGGUUGUGCGAGGUGAAUAAGGGCGGUUGGGUGCGUGAAACAGGUCCGUGAUACCUUGGAUCUAGUCAUCACGGUUGGAAGAGGAAACUGAGGUGCAACCGGAGGCAUUCAGUGUACAGUAUAGUAUAUAAGGGAAGGGGCUAAGCAACAGUCGGUCUUCAAGUAAUGGCGUCGUUGAUAAUCCUUCUUGUUGAGCG